AUGCUUGACGUUUUUAAGCCCAGCCAACCCUACUUUGGGUUGCGGGGAGGAUGGUUAACCUUUUGGGUCACUGUUGCUUGCGCUACUGAUAUGAUGCUCUUUGGAUAUGACCAGGGCGUUUUUGGCGGCGUGGUCGUAACUAAGGACUUUCUCGAUACCCUGAAUUUAAAUAAUAACGCCACACUCCUCGGUACCGUCACCGCUAUCUAUGACAUCGGAUGUUUAACCGGCGCGAUAUUCUCUAUGAUAUGGGGAGAGAAAUGGGGACGCAAGUUAUCUAUCAUCUAUGGAACCACCAUAAUGUCUAUUGGAGCAAUUCUCCAGAUCACAGCAUACAGCGUGCCUCAGAUGAUUGUCGGCCGUGUGAUUGCCGGCAUCGGAAAUGGUAUCAACACAUCUACUGCCCCUGUGUGGCAAGGAGAGACUAGUCAAGCCAAAUGGAGAGGCAAGUUGAUCGUGAUCGAGUUGACACUGAAUAUUGCUGGGUUUUCGUUAUCCAACUGGAUGACCUUCGCAUUUUCGUUCGUGCCUGGUCCCGUUGCAUGGCGAUUCCCUCUGGCGUUUCAGUUUAUUUUCAUAUUUAUUCUCUACGCGACUGUGCCGUGGUUGCCCGAAUCUCCUCGUUGGCUUAUCGCUCACGAUCGCCCCGACGAGGCUCAGAUCAUCCUUGCCGACUUAGAGGAUAUGGAAGUUUCUGAGCCAUAUGUUAUGACUCAAUACACAGAAAUCGUUGCUGCAGUUCAGUAUGAGCGUCAGCAUGCCGUCUCGUGGAUGGAUCUUCUACGUGGAAAGACCAAAGAAGGCGGCACAUGUGCUCUUCGUCGAAUGAUACUAGGUGCUGGUGCUCAAUUCAUGCAACAGGGAGCCGGCAUCAACGUCACAAGCUACUAUCUUCCCACCGUCUUAAUGCAGUCUGUUGGACUCUCAGAAACAUUGGCCCGAUUACUAGCAGCAUGUAACUCCGUGUCCUACCUUAUCGCGGGUACUAUUGGAGUCUUCAACAUCGAACGCUGGGGCCGAAGAAAGUUAUUCAUGAUCUGCGCCUUCGGACAGGGUAUUUGCUACCUACUGAUUACCAUUUUGCUGCGCUUCAACGAAAAAGAAGGAUAUGCCCAUUCAAAAGAAGUCGCAUCUGCCUCGAUCACGUUCUUCUUUCUUUACUAUGUCUUCUUUGGAACAGGAUUCCAAGGAAUUCCGUGGCUUUUGCCCGUGGAAUUGAAUUCACUCAGUAUGCGUACCAAGGGUGCCGCAUUAGGUACAGCAACAAAUUGGGCGAUCAAUUUCCUGGUGGUUGAAAUCACACCGAUCGGCAUUCAAAAUCUGCAAUGGAAAUUCUACAUUAUCUGGACGGUCAUGAAUCUGGUAUUUGUGCCAACCAUCUAUUUCUUCUAUCCCGAGACGGCGAAUCGUCAACUGGAGGAUAUCGAUUUGUUCUUCCGAGAUAACCAAUCCAUAUUCGUUCAUAACAACCCUGAGGCUAUCUCCUUGGCACGUCCAGAGAAGUACUCUGAAAUUGAGGAGGAGAUUACCCAGCGCAACAAGUCGGUAUCUAAUGCGAAGAAAGAAGUUGCCGAACAGGACGAGCACUUGGAAGUUGUUUGA